AUGAGAGUUCUGAAGCGUGUGCGGCAGCGAGAAGGCGUGAGUUUGCGUGUGCUGCUGGAAGAUGCUGAUGACGUUUGGUUUUUAUAUAACUUCAUUUCAGAAGGCGACUGCGUAAGAGCUACAACCAUAAGGAAGGUGCAGAAGGAAACAGCAGGUGGAGGAGUUUCUAGUGAGACCCGCAGAGUUCAGCUUUCAAUUAAAGUAAAUGCAUGCGACUUUGAAGGGGCUGCUGCAAGACUGCGAAUUUCUGGUACUGUAUGUGCCGAGACACCCCACGCAAAGAUGGGAGCUCACCAUACACUUGAGAUCGGUGUGACGGAUGAGAUUUCAAUUUUAAAAGAGCAAAUAGAUGCAGAACAUGAACGACAGUUAAAGGAAGCUACAGAUACAGCUGCAAAGGCCGAGGCACUCGUGCUGCUGCUGCAGGGGGGUCUAGCAAAUUUGUUCAGCGUGAGCAGCCAGCUGUCUCGCUUGCUCACCCGAAUAGAGGUAUCUUUACCUAAGAACAGAGGUGCGUAUGCUGGUUAUAACAAAUCUUUACUUCGUUUCUUUAGGGAGACAACGGAUGCAUUAAACCUGCAUGUAGACUGGCAGCAGCUGAAAGCGCUGGUAAUAGGGGGCCCAGGGUUUUAUAAAGAGCAGUUUCUAGAUUUCUUUAUGAAGGAGGCGCAGCAGCAAGAUAAGAAGCAGAUCUUGCAAAAGAAACAGCUUAUUAUCCUUGUGCAUGCAUCUUCAGCAUAUAAGCAUGCACUUACAGAACUUAUGGGGGACCCCUCUGUUCGUCGCCUCCUCGCAGACACCCGAGCUGUUAAACAAGCUGCAUAUAUUGAUCAGCUGUAUCGCAUGCUAAACAAUUCCUACCAGAAGCACCCCAGCCAUCAGCAGCAGCAGCACCUAGGCGCAUGCAGCAGCAGCAGCAGCAGCAGCAGCAGCAGCAGCAGUUAUGAGCAGAGUUCUUUGGUUUGCUACGGCGCAGAAGAGGUGCGACGUGCUGCAGACACCGGAGCAAUAAAGGUAUUGAUGGUUGGUGAGGCGCUGCUGCGCAGUGCAUCAGUAAAACAACGUAGAUUCUUCAUUCAGUUGCUUCAAGAUACAGCACAAGCAGGGGCAGAGACUCUUACCUUCUCAGAACAACACCCGACAGGAGAACAGCUAGCUCUCCUCGGAGGUGUAGCUGCUAUUCUACGCUUCCCCCUCAUGGAAGAGUAUGAAGGCGACAACCAGCAGCAGCAGCAGUAG